GGUAGGUGCGCGUCGGUGUUUUGCGGACAACCAGCUCUCCCAGCUGCUGUAAUUGCGGCUGCGGGAGAAAUUGGAGCUGCUGUCGCCGGCGCGCCCGCCCUCCCCCACGGAGAAGAGCCACCGCCUCUUCUUUCGUUCUGCUUGUACACCUAGCGCCAGGAGCGGCGGCGGCGGCGGCAGCAGUAGUCCCCGGACCACCGCCGCCUCCUCAGGCGGACGCUCUCCGGGUCAUUCCCGCAGCCCGGCAGCUGAGGGCGGCCCUCUGUCCCUAACCGACUCUUCACUCCAGAUUUUCUGCUCCCUUCUCAUCCUUGCCCGGGACCCACCUCCCCAGUCUCGCCGGGGUGGAGGACGGCAAGGAGGAGACGAGAGUCACCCUCUCUUCAGGCGGCGCCGGCCCCCUCACCCGCGGGUGUGUCCUAUAAAUGGCGUCGGAGAGCGACACCGAGGAAUUCUACGAUGCCCCUGAAGAUGUGCACCUAGGGGGCGGCUACCCCUUAACGUCUCCAGGAAAGGUUGGACUUACAACAUUAAAGGAAACAGAGACCACUGCAUACAAAGUUGGAAAUGAGUCCCCUGUACAAGAAUCAAAACAAGAUGUGUCUAAAAAGAUUAUUGAAAGUAUUAUUGAGGAAAGUCAGAAAGUACUACAACUUGAAGAUGACUCUUUGGAUUCCAAAGGGAAAGGACUUUCUGAUCAGGCCACUGCAAGUCCUGUCACAGCUGGAACAGAUCUUAGCAAUGUACCUGGACCAUUAGCCAUAGAUAAAGUACUACAGGAAGAUUCCCAAAAAGCAGAGAGUCAGAAUGUAUUUGAAGAAACUGAAUUAGAAUCUAAAAAAUGUUUUCCUUCUGAUGACGCCUUUGAGAAGCCAGCAGAUGAAACCACGAAGUCAACUGAAAUAAGUUCAACUGAGGAGCUUGAUGUGCCCGAAACUGAAGGAGAAGUAUUGAACAAGGAAGCCAUGGAAGUCAAACAAAGUGAGGUUCUAGAAUCUGCAUCCUCAAGGUCCGUAUCUACUAAAGAUUUUACUGCAGUGGAAGAAGCAGCUCCUGCCAAACCUCCAAGACAACUUACUCCAGAACCUGAUAUAGUGGCUAGUACAAAGAAGCCUGUUCCAGCACGCCCACCCCCUCCAACUAACAUCCCACCUCCUAGACCCCCACCCCCAUCUCGACCUGCUCCACCACCAAGAAAAAAGAAAAGCGAAUCAGAGUUUGAGGCUCUUAAAACUCCUGAUCUAGAAGUUGCCAAAGAGAGUGUUGUGUCCGAUACUCUCCUAACUACAAACAUAGUUUCAGAGAGCACAGCCAAGGAUUCUCAGCCUUCCCUUGAUUUGGCAAGUGCUACCAGUGGCGAUAAAGUAGUUACUGCUCAGGAAAAUGGAAAAGCACCUGAUGGGCAGACAGUAGCAGGUGAAGUGAUGGGCCCUCAGAGACCUAGAUCCAACUCUGGGAGAGAGCUUACUGAUGAGGAAAUUUUAGCCAGUGUAAUGAUUAAGAAUCUGGAUACUGGAGAAGAAAUACCUUUGAGUCUUGCCGAAGAGAAACUGCCAACAGGGAUUAAUCCUCUCACUCUACACAUCAUGAGGAGGACUAAGGAAUAUGUAAGUAAUGAUGCGGCACAGUCAGAUGAUGAAGAGAAAUUGCAGUCUCAGUCAACAGAUACUGAUGGUGGAAGGUUAAAACAGAAAACGACUCAGCUGAAGAAGUUCCUAGGAAAAUCAGUAAAGAGAGCAAAGCACCUUGCUGAAGAAUAUGGUGAACGUGCUGUAAAUAAAGUUAAAAGUGUUAGAGAUGAAGUGUUUCAUACUGAUCAAGAUGACCCUUCAUCAAGUGAUGACGAAGGAAUGCCGUAUACACGACCAGUUAAAUUCAAAGCAGCACAUGGUUUUAAAGGACCUUACGAUUUUGAUCAGAUCAAAGUGGUGCAAGACCUUAGUGGAGAACAUAUGGGAGCUGUUUGGACCAUGAAAUUUUCUCACUGUGGCCGAUUACUUGCCUCAGCUGGACAAGACAAUGUAGUGAGAAUAUGGGCUUUAAAAAAUGCUUUUGACUACUUCAACAAUAUGCGAAUGAAAUACAAUACCGAAGGUCGUGUGUCCCCGUCACCUUCUCAGGAAAGUCUAAAUUCAUCGAAAUCUGAUACAGAUACAGGGGUAUGCAGUGGAACUGAUGAAGACCCUGAUGAUAAAAAUGCACCAUUUCGACAGCGGCCAUUUUGUAAAUAUAAAGGACAUACUGCUGAUCUCCUUGACCUUUCAUGGUCUAAAAACUACUUUCUUCUUUCUUCUUCCAUGGAUAAAACAGUCAGGUUGUGGCACAUUUCCAGAAGAGAAUGUCUUUGCUGUUUUCAACAUAUAGAUUUUGUCACUGCCAUAGCUUUUCAUCCAAGAGAUGACAGGUAUUUUCUAAGUGGGUCCUUGGAUGGAAAGCUCCGCCUUUGGAAUAUACCUGACAAAAAAGUGGCUUUGUGGAAUGAAGUAGAUGGUCAAACAAAAUUGAUCACAGCUGCAAAUUUCUGUCAGAAUGGCAAAUAUGCAGUUAUUGGGACAUAUGAUGGCAGAUGUAUUUUCUAUGAUACAGAGCAUUUGAAAUACCAUACGCAAAUACAUGUCCGAUCUACCAGAGGGCGCAACAGGGUUGGAAGAAAAAUUACUGGCAUUGAGCCUUUACCUGGAGAAAAUAAGAUACUGGUAACUUCAAAUGACUCCAGAAUCAGACUAUAUGAUCUUAGAGAUUUGUCACUGUCCAUGAAGUAUAAGGGUUAUGUCAAUAGCAGCAGCCAGAUCAAAGCAAGUUUCAGCCAUGAUUUUAGUUACCUUGUCAGUGGCUCAGAAGAUAAAUAUGUUUAUAUUUGGAGUACUUACCAUGACCUAAGCAAGUUUACUUCAGUCAGAAGAGAUCGUAAUGACUUCUGGGAAGGUAUUAAAGCUCAUAAUGCAGUUGUCACAUCGGCAAUCUUUGCUCCAAACCCAAGUUUAAUGUUAUCUUUGGAUGUGCAAUCUGAAAAAUCAGAAGGCAACGGUAAAGAUGAAGAUCCUGAGGCUUUGGAUACCAUGCCGUCUGGUGUUAUGAAGACAGAUAACACAGAAGUUCUUCUCUCUGCUGACUUCACUGGAGCAAUCAAAGUGUUUAUUAAUAAAAGGAAAAAUGUAUCUUAAUUUGAAAUCACAUUUAAAAUACGCAUAUCAGUAAGUUUCUAUAUGUAUCAAAACUGAAAAAAUAUUAUAGUGCUUCAGGCUGACAUCGUUUUUUGUUUUUUAAUUGAAAAUUGUUCAAAUAUAAUAUAUUUUUGAGAAGCAGUGUUGAUGAUCUAGUAAACCCUGGCCUUGUAGACUAGAAAGGAAUGUGGCUAGAAUAACAUCUCCAAACAUUAGGCUUUAUGUUUUGUUAUGUUUGUGUUUUUAUUAUGUAAUUGUUGUGAACAUGCACAGUUUUCUGCAUGAAAAUAUAUUAAUAUAUUAAUCACGUGUGUGCCUUUUGAUUAUAUGUACUAAAUCUAACAGAGUUAAAUUAUUUCCAUGGCUCUUUUGGCUUCUUACUAGGGGACGGUCUUGUUUUUAGCUUAAACUAUUUCUUUUGCACAAAAUUUCAUUUUUAAGGAAAAGUGGUAUCUUUUGAUUGAGUUAUGAUUUUGAACAUGCUAUACAGGUUUUCACAAGGUCGACAACCAUGUGUAAAUUGUUUUUAUAAAUUUUUCAAUUUCGGGACAAGAUUUUUUUUGUGUGGUCUAAAUUGUGGACUUGAUUCUUUUCUUUGUAUGUGUAUAUAUAUAUAUAUUUUUUUCUUGCCACACUGGAGCACAAUGUUUCUAUGUAAAGAAUUCUUUUCAUUCUUUAUUCAUGAGUACAGGCUUUGCUCACUUAAAAAAAAAAUUAAGUUGCAUAAAGGAGUGAGUCUUCUUUUUUACAAUAAUGUAAAAAUGAAAUGUUUACAUUUUUUUAAAGCAUUGUAGUUUUAAAAAUUAAGCUGUUUUGUUUUGAGUUGUUGAAUUUGAAAGCCUUUGUAAAUAUUGAUAUAAUGUACCAAUGAAAUAACAUCUGGGGCAGUGUAACCCUGAUAAUGUUGUUGAUGGUAAGCAUAUGUUUCUGAAAAUUAAAUAUGUGUUAUUAAAAGUUGGUCACCAACACUUGUUAAACAUGUGGCUUUAUUUUUGGAUGACUUCAGUAAAUUGAAGAAUGUGAGAAAACUAAACUCUUGUUUUAAUAAUUUGAAUUUUAGAAAACAGAAAUUCAGAUUUUGGACCCCUAAAUUAUACUGCAAUAGCUAUGUCCCUUUUUAUUUAUUUUGUUGUUGAGAACAUACAUAUCAAAACAUAGACCAAUUCAGCAAUUACAUGUACAACUCAGUGACAUCGAUUAUAUUUUUCAAGUUCUGCAACCGUUCUCACUCUCCUUUUCUGAGUUGUUCCUCCCCCAUUAGCAUAAACUCACUGCCUCCUAAGCUUCCUAUCUAAUCUUCCGAGUUGCUUUUGUCAUUUUUGAUCCCAUAUAGAUACAUAU